AUGGCGCCCUCACACGUAUUACGAUGCUGUCAACGAGGUUUAGCGUGGAUACCUGUGAUCUUUAUCGCCCUUGUCGUGUGCUGGUCUUAUUACGCCUACGUGGUGGAGCUGUGCGUGUUCACCGUCCUCAGUACAACAGAGCAGCUCGUCUACCUGACCUUCUUCCACCUCUCCUUCAUCAUGUUUGUGUGGUCCUACUGGAAGACCAUCUUCACCAAUCCUGCCAACCCCUCCAAAGAGUUUUGCCUGCCAAAGGCUGAGAAGGAGCGUUACGAGAAAGAAGAGAGGCCGGAGUCCCAGCAGGAGAUCCUGUGGAGAGCUGCCUCCAACCUGCCGCUGUACACCCGCACCGGCUCCGGAGCGAUCCGCUACUGUGACCGCUGUCAAGUGAUCAAGCCGGACCGGUGCCAUCACUGCUCCGCAUGUGACACGUGCGUGCUGAAGAUGGACCACCACUGUCCCUGGUAA